AUGGCGGCCGCAAACGAUUUCCCGUUCCUGGACGACAACAAGCGCUUUCUCGCGUCUCUCGAGUCCGCGGACUUCCUCGGCGAUUUCUCAGCCUACUCAAACGGCGCCUUCCCAGCCAUGACCUUCGACGACAAUCUUGAUCCGUCAACUCUUUCGUCUUUGCCGGACUUGCCGGGCUCGACCAACAUUCUCUCCACCAACUCGCUCAACGGCGAUAGCGCAGCUUCCACCGCUUCUUCCUCCUCCUCGCCCGCCACCUUUCCUUCCAACACCAGCACUAAGAACGGUGCACUUUCGACCGGCAGUAGUGUUUCUGCUCAGCCUUUGAAGAUAUCCGAGAAUGAUAAGCGUAAAGUUGGAAUGGAGUUCAUCUCAGACGAUGAUCUCUCCGAGAACGAGAGCAAGCGACGAGACCGAGGAACCGCAGAUCCUGAGGAAAGGAGAGGACCGGGCAGAAAAUUAGUGACCACGGAACCAUCAAACAAGCGCAAGGCGCAGAACCGCGCUGCACAGCGUGCGUUCCGAGAGCGCAAGGAGAAGCAUCUACACGACCUCGAAGCCCGCGUGGCCGAGCUCGAGAACGACGCUCACUCGAUGUCGACUGAGAACCAAUUUCUCAAGAAGCAAGUUGAUCGUCUACAGGUCGAGCUGCGAGAGUACCGUAAGCGGCAGGCGUCUGUAUCAGCAAAGUCGUCACCCGCUGCGUCGACCUCUUCGAGUGCAAACUAUGCGGCCCCUUUCACGUUCGAGUUCCCUCUGUUUGGAGCCGACCCGCGUCUAGCUAAGCUUGACAAGGGAACCCCGCGGUCGUCUGUCGCUUCACCCGAAAGUGCGCCCGCGAGCGGAGCCGGAAACGUGAUGUCGUCAGCAAACUACUCGCCAGCUACAAACCUGAGCACAAACCUGUCGCCCGCGUGGUCGGCCAACUCGCCGAACCAGUCGCCGUCGUGGAAUGUUGCGGGAGUGCCACACCCGGCGAAACACGAGACCGACUUUUGCGCGCAGUUGUCGAUGGCGUGCGGAAACCGCGAGAACCCGAUCCCGCGGGCGCACUCACAAGGAAUCCUGAGUCCACCCUCGUUUGACACUGACUUGUUUUCCGAGUACCGGGACCCGAUAUUUGGAAACACAGAGGAGGAGUUUCAACUUCCCGAGUUGGUGGACGAGGAGCUGUUUGAGGAGAAAGACAACCGGAGUAGCAGUAGCAGUAGCAGCACCCGCAGCGUGAAGGGCAACGGCGUCGAGAAGGAGAUCCGGAUCAAGAUCGAGAACGACGACGAGGUAGUCCCGGCUGAAAACAAGCCGCUGAUGGGCUGCACUGCGCUGUGGGAUCGUAUCUCGAUGCACCCCAAGUUUGAAGAUCUCGAUAUCGACGGACUGUGCUCUGAGCUGCGGUCGAAGGCCAAGUGUUCAGAGUCUGGUGUUGUCGUUACCGAAGAUGAUUUGAACGACGUGCUCAAGAAGAUUGAGGCGUAG